UAGUAGAUGCACAUGUACAUGACAUGUAAAAAUAUAGAUGAUCACCAAAUUUCAUAUUGUUUUGGUAAUACUAUUGUUCCUUUUACACACACUGGAUGUAUAGUUUGUGUUCCUAAUAUGUUUUGGAGUAUCAUCAUCUUCUCUUUAGUAGAGUUCUCAAGACCCGAUGCUCAUACGUCGAUUAGAAACUGUGGAAACAUCACAUGUUUCAAUAAUGCAAUAUGCACAUACGACGGAUUAUUUUGCCAGUGCCACAGUGGAUUUGUGGGUGACACGUGUCAAGAUGAUUUUGACGAGUGCAGUUAUGGCGUUCCAUGCUAUCACAGAGGCUAUUGUAAGAAUACGUAUGGCAGCUAUAGGUGUGAGUGUUUGGAAGGAUGGAAGAACGAUGGUUUUAGACAUCACUGUCGAAUUCCGGUUACCCCCAACAACCGACUUUGCACACCGGGAUGGAUGGGUGAAUUGUGUCAGGACCAAUGUUUAA